GGCAGAACUCAGUGACAGUAUGUCUCACAGGAAGUUCUCCGCUCCCAGACAUGGAUCCCUGGGCUUCCUGCCUCGGAAGCACAGCAGCAGGCAUCGUGGGAAGGUAAAGAGCUUCCCCAAGGAUGACACUUCCAAGCCUGUCCACCUCACAGCCUUGCUGGGAUACAAGGCUGGCAUGACCCACAUCGUGCGGGAAGUUGAUAGACCAGGAUCCAAGGUGAACAAGAAGGAAGUUGUGGAGGCUGUGACCAUUGUGGAGAUGCCGCCGUUGGUGGUUGUAGGCAUUGUGGGCUAUGUGGAAACCCCCCGAGGCCUCCGGAACUUCAAGACCAUCUUUGCUAAACACAUCAGUGACGAGUGCAAAAGGCACUUCUAUAAGAACUGGCAUAAGUCCAAAAAGAAGCCCCACCUGAUGGAGAUCCAGGUGAACAGAGGCACGGUGGCCAAGAAACUGAAUUGGGCUCAGGAGAGGCUGGAGCAGAAGGUCCCUGUGAAUCAAGUGUUUGAGUAGGAUGAGAUGAUUGAUGUCAUCGGGGUGACGAAGGGCAAAGGCUACAAAGGGGUCACCAGUCGUUGGCACACCAAGAAGUUGCCCUGCAAGACUCACCGAGGGCUGCGCAAGGUUGUCUGCAUUGGAGCAUGGUAUCCUGCCCAUGUGGCCUUCUCUGUGGCACGGGCUGGGCAGAAAGGCUACCAUCACCGCACUGAGAUCAACAAGAAGAUCUAUAAGAUCGGCCAGGGCUACUUUAUCAAGGAUGGCAAGUUGAUCAAGAACAACACUUCCACUGACUAUGACUUGUCUGACAAGAGUGUCAACCCUCUGGGUGGCUUUGUCCACUAUGGUGAAGUGACCAAUGACUUUGUCAUGCUGAAUGGCUGCGUGGUGGGGACCAAGAAGCAAGUGCUCACCCUGCACAAGUCCUUGCUGGUACAGACCAAAUGGCAUGCUCUGGAGAAGAUUGAUCUUAAGUUCAUUGAUACCACCUCCAAGUUUGGCCAUGGUCGCUUCCAGACCAUGGAGGAGAAGAAAACAUUCAUGGGACCACUCAAGAAAGACCGAAUUGCAAAGGAAGAAGGAGCUUAAUGCAACGAACAGACUGUGCAGCUGGUGGAAUCUCAAUAAAGGUUGUUUUCCAAUGAAAAAAAUAAAAUAAAA